AUGAGUUCCCAAUCCGUCUCCGCACCCCCCGCCUCGGCGACCGACUCGGUCCUGCUUGCCUCCGAGCCCAUGCCCGAGGGUACUAAGGAAGUUUCCGGUGUGGAUUUUGAUCGUUUCCAGGGUCGAGACAUCACCGUGGCUGAGCUGGUCGAUAAUCUGACCAACACUGGGUUCCAGGGAAGUGCCGUUGCCGAGGCUGCUCGCAUUAUUAACGAGAUGCGUGCUUUCCGCCAACCCGAGACUGGAGAGAAAACCACCAUUUUCCUCGGAUAUACCUCCAAUCUGAUCUCUUCCGGCCUUCGAGACACCCUCCGCUAUCUCGUUAAGCACAACCACGUAUCGGCCAUUGUUACCACUGCAGGUGGUGUUGAGGAGGAUAUUAUCAAAUGCCUAGCGCCGACCUACCUCGGGGCGUUCUCAACCCCCGGUGCUGGCCUACGGGCCAAGGGUCUCAACCGCAUUGGCAAUCUUCUGGUGCCAAAUAACAACUAUUGUGCCUUUGAGGAUUGGGUGGUCCCACUCCUGGAUACGAUGUUGGAGGAGCAAGAGGCGGCGAAACUCAAGGCUCGGGGGACGGGCAACGAGGAGGACGAGCUCCACUGGACACCGAGUCGCAUCACCGAACGAUUGGGUAGGGAGAUCAAUAACGAAGACUCGGUCCUCUACUGGGCGGCUAAGAAUAGCAUCCCCGUGUUCUGCCCAGCUCUGACCGAUGGAUCCCUGGGAGAUAUGCUCUACUUCCACACCUACAAGUCAUCGCCGCAGCGGCUCCGGGUGGAUAUCGUGGACGAUGUGCGACGUAUUAACUCGAUGGCGGUGCGAGCGGCGCGGGCCGGCAUGAUCAUCCUGGGCGGCGGUGUGGUCAAGCACCACAUCGCCAAUGCAUGUCUCAUGCGGAACGGAGCCGAGCACGCCGUCUAUGUCAACACGGCGCAGGAGUUUGACGGCAGUGAUGCGGGAGCCCGACCGGACGAAGCUGUGAGUUGGGGCAAGAUCAAGACGGACGCUCAGGCUGUCAAGGUGUACGCCGAGGCUACCGCAGUAUUCCCACUGAUUGUGGCGGCCUCGUUUGCGCGGGCAGCCCCGCCGCAGACCUCGACUCAGAACUGA